AUGCCCGAUAUGUUCCCACAGAUGAACAGUGACAGUUUGGUUGCUGAACAAUUGACUUCUCGAAUUAAAUCUCAGUUAGAUACACCAGCAGGUUUACCAUCAGAAUAUGUGAAUGAAUUAAUCAAUCGAUUCAACGAUGAUGGGUUGGAAAUGAUUCUGGGGCCUGCGUUUGUUAACAUCUCCUAUGAGCUCAGAUCACAGAAUAUUUUGGGCGAAUGCAAAAACAGCGUUCAGUCAUUGGCUUGUUUAUGUGAAAAUAAAGCCGUCGCAUCUAUGAUUACUGGACUGGAGGAUUUUGAUCCGCUCAAUGCUGAAGCUCACAAUAUUGAAAACACAUCCUUACUUGGGCCAUUCCUCAAAUUGAGUGCCUAUCCUGAUGCAGCACCGAAGGUAGCAGUAUCAUAUUUUCAAGGGUCAGAAAACAGGAACCUGGCAGACAUAGAGUCUUGUAAAAAUGGUCUUCGUGGCAGUGUCCAAUAUAUUCAGAGAACAAUGUUCAGCAUUUGCAACUCAAUUGUGCGGUCGGACCCAACUGCCAGAAAUCGUUUGCUGAACUACUUUUCACAUAUCAUUUCCUUAAACGAAAAAAGAGCGCAAAUACAGGUGGAUCCUGACACUGUCUCUUCUGAUGGAUUUAUGCACAAUACCGCGGCUGUUUUAUUACAGUUUUGUGAUCCAUUUUUGGAUAUAAAGGCAUCUAAAAUUGACAAGAUUGAUCCAACUUACUUUUGUACAAGCCAGCGUUUGAACAUUAAGGAAGACACUAAGAUAAAUGCAACAAAGGAGCAAUCAGACGCCUACUAUAAUCAGCAAAUAGAAGCAAAAGAGCAUAACUUUAUUACUGAAGCGUUCUUCUUGACACUCAGCUUCAUGCAUUAUGGUCCUAUUCGGGCUAUGGUGAAUUACAAUGAAUUUAUCCGUGAAUACAGUGAACUCAAGAAACAAUAUGAGAAAGCUCAACAAGAAGCCUUACGUUCAGCUAAUACACCACAAGGAGUUAUGGCUAAUUUCGUUGCUCAAAGAUUGAAGGUGAAAUACGAAGAAAUGUCGUGUCAUCGUUUAGCUCUCGAAAGUAUGCUUUUUGAUUCACAAUUCCUAUCCGAUGCUUUAAGGUUUUACGAUCUUGUGAUGGCUUGGGUUAUUCGUAUAGUUGACCCUCAACACAAACAUCCUUGGGAAAAGGUCAAAUUACCAUUACCGAAGGAAGUACCAGAAGCAUUUGCUAUGCUUCCUGAAUGGCUCAUUGAGGACGUUGUAGAGUUGUAUAUCUUCCUUGGAAAGUAUGGUUACGAGACUCGAGUCAUGAUGCAAUCACCGCACGACGAACUUGUUACCUUUAUUAUCACUUUUUUGAAAAGCACAAAAUACGUCAAAAAUCCUUAUUUGAAGGCCAAAUUUGUGGAAAUUCUGUUCUUCUUCACAUAUCCCAUUGCAAAAGGAGUUCCGGGAGAAUUAGAAGCUAUUCUUAAUUCGCACCCUCUGCCCCUAGAACAUUUAGUUCCAUCUUUAAUGAAUUUCUAUGUCGAGGUCGAGCAAACAGGCGCAAGUUCUCAAUUCUAUGAUAAGUUCAAUAUUCGAUACAACAUUAGUCAUAUUAUGAAAACUAUUUGGAAUCAUCCUGGCCACCGAGCGAAAUUGAGAGAAGAAAGCCAAAAUUCUGAGGUCUUUACACGAUUUGUCAAUAUGCUUAUGAGUGAUGUAACUUAUCUCAUGGAUGAGAGUCUGAGUAAGCUUGCAGAAAUCCACAGUAUUCAAACAGAAAUGAGCAAUCAGGCGGUGUGGGAAUCGCAAACAGCUCAAUACCGUCAAGAACGCGAAGGGAGUUUACCUUCGUUAGAAAGACAAGCACAAUCUUAUGUGGCACUUGGCAACGAAACUAUCCACAUGCUUAAUUAUAUGACAGCUGAAGUUAAACAGCCUUUCCUUGUCAAUGAAAUUGUGGAUCGAUUAGCAGCUAUGUUGGAUUACAAUCUAGUACAGCUUGUGGGUCCUAAAUGCACUGAGCUCAAGGUGGCCAACCCCGAAAAAUACCAUUUUCAACCUCGUAAAUUGCUAUCAGAGAUUAUUGACAUAUACUUGAAUUUGAACUCGGAAACAUUUGUUCAAGCCGUAGCAAGAGAUGGUCGAUCUUAUCGUAAGGAAUACUUCUCCAAAGCAGCAUCCAUUUUGCAAAAGCAUGGCUUGAAACCGCUGGAUGACAUACAUGCGCUGCAAUCCUUUGUGGGUCAGGUGGAGUUGGCUGUACAAAGUGGUGUUGAAGAAGAAGAGGAAUUGGGCGAGGCCCCUGAGGAAUUCUUAGAUCCAAUUUUCUUCAGUUUAAUGGAAGACCCUGUACUGUUGCCUACAUCCAAUGUCAUUGUUGAUCGUAGUACAAUCCGUGCUCACUUAUUGGGAGAUACUCGUGACCCUUUCAACAGAAAGCCUUUAACGAUGGACAUGGUUCAACCAGGUAUUUUCACAUUUCAUUGA